AUGGCGGCCGCGCUGCUCCGCCGCGCGCUCCACCUCCGCCGCGUGCUCCCCUCGACCACCGUCACCGCCGCCGCCGCCGCCUCCGCGCAGCGCCUCGCCGCCGCCUUCUCGACCACCCCGACCCCGACCCCGACGACCUCCCAGCAGAACGCCGCCACCACCACGAUCGACCUCUCCUCCGACGAGAGCCGCCGCCGCCUCCUCAACAGGUUGGUGUACCGGAGCAAGCAGCGGGGGUUCCUGGAGCUGGACCUGGUGCUGGGGACCUGGGUCGAGCAGCACGUGCACGGCAUGGACGAGGCCAACAUCAGUGCCCUCCUGCAAGUGCUCGACCUCGAAAACCCAGAUUUGUGGAAAUGGCUGACUAGUCAGGAGCAGCCACCAGAGGAUCUGAAUUCUAAUCCGGUGUUUGCUGCCAUCAAAUCAAAGGUAACAGAUAACCUAACCAAGCAUGCUUCUCCCGAGACCCGAUCAACACCAGGUCAACCAUGGGUUAGAGGAUGGGACGACAUAAAGAAAGGCAAAGAUGGACCCAAGUAUGGAAAUCAGUGA